ACUAUUUGCUUUGUAGCAGCAAGUAUUGCUGUAAUGUCGUCUACCUAUUCCAUUGUUUUCUGGUUAUCGCUGUAGUGAGUUAGACCGGGCUCAGUUUCAAGUGAAGUUAGGCGGUCACUCUAGUCACCAUAGUUUCAGUAGAAGUAAAUAUUUCCAUUUACUGAUAGCGCAGAUUCAUAACUUUAAUUGGAUAGUGAGAUUGAUAGAAAGAUAGAUGUUACCGCUAUACUAUUUCUAUUGGUUCAAACACAUGACUGAACCCUGAUUGUAUCAGGCGCUAAUGGACCCGGCAUACAAUCUUUGCUAUAAGAAGCUGGGUCAAGCGUCAGUCCACGGUUCAUCUCCCAUUUAACACUAACGUUUGACAUCAAAAGCACUGUUAAAACAUUUAAAAUUAAUAGUAAACAUAAUUUAAUGCAAAUUAAGUUCUAAAAUGUAUUAUAAAGGGGGGAAAACCGGAGAAAGGGUAGAGUAUAGAAUGCUGGUAGACAGUUUGUACAAGGGAAUUGUACAGACCCCUUAUCACUGCACAAAAAGGUUAACAAGUACAUUUGAAGAAGAGGGAACCAUUUGUGGUACAGUUAACCACAGAACAGUAUCGCAUGAUGUUCAAAAUUUACUGUCUACUGUUUACAUAUCCCAGAUCUGUGUACACUGUAUAUAAACAGAUGCCGCAACCCGUAUUUUUGCUAUGUAUAAUGUAUGUCACUACAUGAUCUAUACCUAUAACACCGAUUCCCUUCUGUCUCUGAUCUCUGUCCUUAUUACAUUGUCUUGAAAUAUUUGGAAAUGGAAUAAUUUAAGGAACUGUUGAUCCGAAAAUGUAUGACUUUUCAGACCACCAGAUUUUAUUGUUCCUUGAAUGAUAAUUUCAAAAGUAUAAAGUUUUCUUUCAGAAAAGGAAUAGAUGGUAGAGCCCUAUAGUUAGAGAAUAGACGUUUGCCACCUGAUCAAGGAUGAAGAUGAAAGGAGGCCCUCUCUCCAAUUCUAACCUUGCAAGAACCAUACUUAAACUUAAUCCAGGAGUGGAUAGGGCUCUGGAGUGUAACUUGAAAUUAUCAAGUAAAAUAACUGCAAAAGAAAACCGAGCCAGUGAUUACAACAGGAAAGUUUUUAUCCAAAAGUUUAACAGAAGACAAGAGUUCAGAAAUACAUCAAACAAUCGACUGAACUCAAGGUUGGAUGCUGAAUCCAGGACCAGUAUCAACUCUUACAGGGAUGAAUUGAGACAGUCUGAAGAACUAAAACUCAAAAUCGGAUGCAAUCAAGGUCAGAGCUCGGAAGAAAGUGAAUCAGAGGAGGAGGACAUUGACCAAAGAAAUGACGAAAUUCUAACUCAGGAAUGGCAGGACCUGAACAAUCUAAGCCGGCGAUCCAGCCUGAAAUCCUCCAUCUUGGACUAUGAUCCCUCCAGAGCUGGAUCCCCUGGUCCAACACCUACAGAGAAUCCUUUAGGAAGCCUAAUUAGGAAACCAAGUACAGAGAAACCGGAAGUGGUUGUAACAAGAUCUGUUGAUCAAGAAAAACAGGAAGAGGAGACUGAGGCAGGAGAAUCAAGAGUUAAAGAAGUUAGAGCAUCAACGGCUGCACUUCUCAGUUUACUACCUGCUCCUACUCCGACCAGGUUUGUUGGAAAGAUGCAUAUGAAGAUGGAGGAAGGAAGAACCCAACGAAAAUCAUCCUCAGGUUCUAGAAGAUCAUCUAUAGCUCCUAAAACUGAAACUAUUGAGGAAGAAGACCAAAUAAUUCUUUCAACUGAAUCUCAACAGUCUCCAAGAACACCAGGAAUACCAACAGCUAUGAGGCUGGUGGGGAAAACUAAACUUGGAAAGAUUGGAGCUUUGAUAAAGGAUAGAAGAGGAUCAAUCUCAGACUCCUCAGCUAGCUCCAGGGUGUCGAGUCCAACAGGAGGAGCCAGUAAACCAUCCUCUCCUAGAGAAUCUAUGGGUGGUUCUUCAUUAUCUGGUGGUUGGAUGAGAUCAAGAAAAUCUUCACCUUCAACUACAGCAAGUACUCCAUCUUUAGCCAAGACAAGUGUUGGAAAAAGUGGUGGACUACAGACUCUGAAAGCUAAAGCAGGAUUGUUUAAGAAAAAGAAAAAAGAAGAAGAAAAAAAAACUGAUUCUUCACAAAAGGAAGUAAGACAAAGAUUAUUCUUCCUGGUUCGAGGGGAGCUGACAGACGAGGAAAUUUUAAAAGGAAUAGGGACUGAAGAAGCAUAUAAGGAAAUGAGUACUGGAUUGAAUGAAAUCGUAUCCACUGCCAGCGCUAUCAGCAAAUUUAUCAAAAUAGGAGAGGACAAUACCCAGAGGAAGGUUUCAAGUCCGUCCCUCAGAUAUGUUGGAGCACUGAAGGGUAGAGUAUCUGCCCUGGCUGGGAGUAGAAGUCCAAGAGCCCCUAAAUCCAGUGUUUCAGAAGAAAAGGAUUACAGCGACUGCUGGUACAAAGGUUUGCCUACCAGUACAAGGUUUCUGGGCAAGCUUGUCUCUAAAAGAGAUAAACAAGGUUUAGUAGUUGGAACUCCACCCUUGGAUUCAGACAGGGAGGAUAAAAUGAAUCCUGUAUUUUUGGCAUUGGAGAAGGUUAAACUGAAACCUCAAGGUUCUCAGGAUUCGAGUGCUCCGGACUCAAGAAUAUCUGUUGGUUUAGCCAGUAAUUCAAGUAAGGUUGGACAAGAUGAAAGAUUGAUGCAGAAUGAUAUCGUGAAAGGUCUUCAAGCAGGAUUAUGCAGAGUGGAGCAAUCAAGUAUAUUGGACUGGAAUCAAUACAAACAUGUUAGAGGGGACAGAAAACUUAAUCCUAUCUUCAUACCAUUCUAGUUUUAUAAUCCUCCCCCCCCCCUACCCCAAACAGAAAACUUAACCCUAUCUUCAUACCAUUCUAAUUUCAUAAUCCUACCCCCUACCCUAAACAGUAAACUUAACCCUAUCUUCAUACUAUUAAAGUUGGAUAACACCCCCUGCCCCAAAACAGAAACUUAACCACCCUAUCUUUGGCCAUUCUAACCAUUCAACCUAAAACUAUUAAUAACCACCCCCUCCAAUUUUUUUUAAAUCCAGAAAUUUGUAAUAAAUAUCGGGUAACAUGAUAUAUGUAAACCUGAACCAUGUUGUACAUUAUUACUAAUAAACAUUUAUAAAACCUC